UUUUUCUCUAAAAAUAUGACCUUUUUCACCUCUCCUUUGUUACCCAAUCUUGAUUACAAGUUUUAUUUGGGUAACAAAAGGAGCUCAUUGAUUGUUGGUAGUGCUAAAACUGGGACAACAAACAUUCAUGCUACUUUGCUUGACGCUCCUUUUUUAUGGGCUGGUAGAGUUUGUGUAUUUUAUUCACUCUUGAAAGCAUGUUUAGCUGGAUCUCCUUCUAAUCCACUUGUAUCAGAUUUGGAGACUGAUGGGAGUGCUGAUUUGGGUUUCGCCAAAUGGUUUGAGGAGUUACAAAGCAAACCAGAGAAGGAAGCUACUGAUAGAAGGAAAUUAGUGAGCAAAUGGCACCCUACCACUAAGGGGACCCUACGUCGAAAUUACAGGGUACCUUCCAAACCUGAAGGACGACGCCUUCUCAAAUCCAUUGCUUCCUUGCUAUCAGAUGAUGACCACUUUAGAGAUGCCACUUCUCACAAGGGUUGUCAAAUUAGGAGGGAGAGUGCUCAUGGAGAAAGUGUCUGUUGCAACAACGUGAGAGCGUUGUUUGAUGAGCUCCCUACGCCACAUCUUAUUGUCGAGAUCACCCCUUUCCCGGCUGGUCCUCUAACAGAAACUGACUAUGCAAAGGCUGAAAAACUAGAGAGGGUACUUAGAUCAGGUCCUUCUGUCUGAUUAAAGUGUCAUGUUGAACUCCCUUUUUGUAUGUAUUUCUUCUCCUUUUGUACAUAAGCAAGAAAAACUUGUCCAAUGGUCCUAGACUUACCGAAUUCAAACUAUAUCAAGAAAUCAUUUUCUAGUGC